AUGGAAGGUUCAACGGCCUGGAACCACAACAACGUCUGGCUCUUCUACCCGAAUCUCAUCGGAUACGGCCGAAUCGUUUUCGCCAUCGUCGCCAUGUUCUACAUGUCGACGGCGCCCGUCUGCGCCAUGAUCUGGUACGCUCUUAGCCGGGGUUUUAGCCUAAAAACCAUGAUAUUCGCUACAGCUACGCGUUGAGCGCUGGUCUCGACGCUUUUGACGGCUGGGCCGCCCGUACCUACAACCAGUCGAGCCGAUUUGGCGCCAUGCUCGACCAGCUCACCGACAGGUUUGUUUUUAACGCAAAUUCGCUAAAAUGCCCUAAUUUUGCUAAAUACUAGAUUUUCCCAUUCCAGAUGCGCUCUGCUCGCUCUCGUCAUGGCCCUGUGCAAAUUUUUCCCGGACUGGCUUUUCUGGCUCCAGGUGCGCUCCCAUUUUCCACAGUUUUCGGCCAAAUCAUCAAUUUUCAGCUGUCGGCGGUGGUGGACAUUGCCUCGCACUGGCUCCACCUCCACGCGACCGAUCUUUCGGGCGCGUCGAGCCACAAACAGAGCACAAAUCCGCUGCUCCAUCUCUACUACACGGACCGCACCUUCUUGGGAUUCAUGUGCGGAGCAAAUGAGGCCUUCUACAUCCUUCUGUACAUCAGAGCAUUCUGGGCCGGUUAGUUUUUUUUUGUCAGAAUGUGGCCUAAAACAUUAAAAAAUUGUUAAUCUUUCAGGCCCGCUAAUCUUCUCCUCGUUCCACUUCAUGUCGAUCUUCCCGUUCAUUGCCUUCUGGCCGGCGCUCGUCAAAUCGGGCAUCUCGCUCGUGCACCUCGUCACAGCCGCCCAGAUGGUCGUCGAACACGAUCAGAAGCUUAGAAGUGCUCAAAAAGAGCAUUGA